AUGGCCAGUCAAGCCCAAGGCUCAGAUAGAAAUGGGCUUCUAGUUUUCUCACUAGCCCCAGAAUACGAGGCCCAAACAAAGCCCACUCAACUUCCUUCUGUCUCCGCCGCUGCCGACGAGCCGCGCAACCGCAUCACACGACACACGGCGGGGUCCCGCAUCCUGGGUGGCGGCGGAAGCGCCACCGUACGCGCCGCGGCCUCCGCACUCCGUAACAGCGCCGGCAUGGGCCUCCCCGUCGGCCGCCACAUCGUCCCCGACAAGCCCCUCCCCGUGACCGACGAGCUGGUGUGGGACAACGGCACGCCCUUCCCCGAGCCCUGCAUCGACCGCCUCGCCCCGCACAUCGGCAAGUACGAGGCGUUGGCAUGGCUGUGCGGAGGGCUAGGGUUCUUCGCUGCUCUCCGUGUGGCUGCCGCUGCGAACGACAAGGCAUCCAAGGUCCCAUAUACUCCAAAAGUCUACCCGUACGACAAUUUGAGAGUGGAGCUUGGUGAUAGACCAUAGACGACUAUUCUCCUGCUUGAUCAAGGAGCACCGUAAUGAAUUAAGCGAGCACCGUGAUGAAUUGAGGUUUUUGGCUUCGAUCAUCAGAGGAACAGAAAGAAAAAACUUGUUGUUUAUCAUGGUUGCUUCUGUUGUCAUUACGAUGUUGUAAACUACCAUCAGGCGAUUUGCUUAAUCUUGUCAAGCAUGGCUAGAAUAAUGCAAUGUGGACCGUCAACGAUUUGGUGUCAGAAUUUCUUUCCUCA